CUUUAGGCUGAACCUGAACUGAACACCAGCGACCCAGGCGGCGGCGGCGGCGGCGGCGUGAUGCAGUUCCUCCGAGGCGGCGGCGGCGGGGGUGGCGGUGGGUUCGGGGGGACGGCGUGGGAGGUGCUGCGGCGUCACUUCUCUAGGAAGCGGGCGGUGAACGUGAAGCGGAUCAACCCCAAGGUGCCCAAGGAAGAGGCCGUCGCCAUCUCCGAGCGCCUCGUCCAGAUCCUCUCCGACCAUGGGCCCCUCACCGUCGGCAACGCCUGGAACCACGCCAAGGACGCUGGUAUUGCUGGCCUGAACAGCAAGACUCACAUGAAGAUCCUGCUGAAAUGGAUGACGGGGAGAAAUAUCGUGAAGCUGAGCUGCGUGCACGUGGGCAACGCGAAGAAAUUCCUCUACUCCCCGUUCACUGAAAGCAGCGCCGAGGCAUUAUCAGCGGCAGCAGCGGAUGCCAGCAAUAAGGCUUCCACCCAAGGAGGGAGAGGGAAAGCUGUGCGAGGGCAACCGAAGAAGCGGGCUGCGGCGGUCUUGCAGUGACGGUCAGUCGCCAGGCAGGCAGGAGGAGAACACUGAGCGUGAUUCUUGUGGGGAUUUUGCUGUUGCCUUGUGGGGUGGAGGUGGAGCAAGAAGGGGGAGGUUUUGCCUCUGGUCAUAUGAUCCCAAGUAGAAUUGUGACGAACCUUGGAAGCAUUUUGGGUACGUAUAUUUGAGCUGUGUUGCGCACGCUGUGUGGGUAGUGACGGUUGUAUUUGCCAAGCAUUUGUGGACUGGAAUAAUUUGCAAGCAUCAUGAUACCAUAUUGUUGUACUCAUAAGUUGAGGCUGUCCCUGUCCUGAUUUGUUCAUUUGCAAGUAUCAUGAUACCAUAUUUUGGACUGGAAUAAGACUGGAUGUAGAUGCCAUGCAUUCU